AUGCUGCGCUGUUGUCUGCCGUCGUUGGCUUCCCUGCGGUAUCGUCGCCCGUACUGGAUGCUGUUUCUGAAGAAUGUUGACAACUGGAAGAUUUACACCGUCAUUCAGCAGCCGGACCACCAACGCACGGAGAUGUUGUACCAGGCGUGGCUGGGCGGACUUGACAGGCCAUACACCCGGCCGAAAUGUAUGGCGAAUCAGCCGCUUUGGCUCAGCAAGAAACGUCACAUUUUACGCAAAGACAGGCUGGAUGGGCCGGAGACACCACUCGAGAAGUACGUGUUGGAAUGGCAUAGACGAUUUCACUCAUUUCAGGGAACCGAGCGCCCAACGGCAGAUGACCUCCACACCGCGUUUGACCUUGUGGAACGUCCUCUCGAUCUCAGUUAUGCAUUUCAGCUGUUGAAUCAGUGUCGCAAUAUCAACAACAUUCGCUUCGCAAAGGACACCUUUCUUUUCUUCUUAGAGGCGUGCCUACGCGUUGAUCGCAAAGACUGCGCUUUGUAUGCCGCAGAACAUGCCGAGGCGUUGGGGUUUUGGUACAUUGAAGAAGAUCAUCUCCGGUAUUUGCGCGGGGAGCAGAGCUGGUACAGACUCUCACUGUUGGAUAAUAUGUACUACCCACUGGAGGAAAAUGUGGAGCUAAAUGCGCAUCGUUCGUUGCAGCCAUCAUCGGCAGGUGAUUCUGCCGGCGGAGCAGGAGACACCGAUUCGUUGUCGGCGGGCGUAGCAGUCAAGGUGGCGACGGAGGGUGCUGCCGCUCCGUUGGGCGUGGAUGAGGGUGAAAUGACGGCGGGACUGGGGGAGGAGGAGGUGCCCAUGGAUGAUGAAAUUGCCCGGCUUGAGGCGGAGUUGGCCGCGCUGGAGGAGGAGGAGGAGGAGGAGGGGGCGAGCAGCGACGGCGCCAAGAGCCGCAAGAGGCACUGA